CAGUUUCCUGAACGAGGCACAACGUGGUUUAGGAGAAGCCGUACGACCGUAGAUCCAAAACGUUUAGUUUUAUUUAUUUGACCACUGUUAGAUUUAAAUAUGACAGAAGGCAAAUCAUCAGACAAGCCGGCGAAAAGACUGCUAGCUCUGAAUCCGAAAGAGGACGCAGAAUUUCAGAAGAAAGUGCAGCAAGUGAAGAAGCGUCCUCAAACGGGUCAAACGCUUAGUCCAGGAGUGCUGUAUGUUGGUCAUCUUCCUCGAGGACUGUUUGAGCCUCAGUUGAAAUCUUACUUUGAGCAGUUUGGCAAAGUCCUACGAUUGAGAGUUUCCAGGAGUAAAAAGACUGGAGGGAGCAAAGGCUAUGGAUUUGUGGAGUUUGAGUGUGAUGAAGUUGCUAAGAUUGUGGCUGAAACCAUGAACAACUACCUUAUGGGGGAACGCAUCAUAAAAUGUCACGUGAUUCCACCUGAGAAGGUUCAUGAAAAGCUCUUUGUUGGCUCUAUUGCUGGCUUCAAGAAGCCAAAGCGGCCCGCAGUUACUCGGUAUAACAAAACACACACCGAAGAUGAUGUGAAGAAAGUUGGCACAAAGCUUUUAAACAAAGAGUCUAAGCUGCGCAAGAGACUGGCAGCAAAAGGCAUUGACUAUGAUUUCCCAGGAUUUGCUGCACAGAUUCCAGCUAAAAAGGCUCCGUCAGAAGCAAAUGUUUCAGUGUGCAGUGAGGAUGUUACUCCAGUGUGCACACCUUCACUUUUGGAGAGGAGAAAGUCUAUCAGAGUUGAGGAUGAUGAUGUUGAUGAUGAAAUAGUCAUCAAAGCCAAACCAGUCCUUGAAAACAGCGAAGAUGUGGAAGAAAGUGAGGAAGAGUCUGCUGAAGAGGAAGAAGCGGCUUAAAAGGAGAAUUCAGUGACUAAUAAAGACUUUUCAUUCCCUGAUUCAGAAGGGGGACGCUGGACUCGCUUUUCAGAGCCAUUUGUAUGCGAUUAGUUCUCAGUUCUCCCCUAGGGCUGGAGAAGAGGACCGCACAUACUACUCGCACAUAUUAUCCUGAUUGUCAGGAAUCUGUUGAUUUGAGGCAUGUGUUAUGCAGAUUUUGUGCCCGUAACUUUUUAGGGUACAAUGUGGUUGACUAUAGAGUUGCUGAAGUGACUGUAAUAAUCAAAGCAGAUGUAUAGUGUUAAUAUGAAAAGCAUUAUUUUCAUUGUAUUUGACACAUUUUCUGUUCACAUAUGUUGCAUUGCAAUGUAUGUAAAACAUGUUUAAACCAUAAAAUAAACUGCUUUAAUAACAGUGAA